GGGGCUCCUCCCGCGGGCGGCGGCGGCGGCAGCGCGGGGAUGGCGAGCUCGGGCUGCCGGCGGCUACCGGGGCUGCUCCGGUGGCUACCGGGGCUGUUCCUGUGGCUACCGGGGCUGUUCCCGUGGCUACCGGGGCUGCUCCUGUGGCUACCGGGGCUGUUCCCGUGGCUACCGGGGCUGCUCCCGUGGCUACCGGGGCUGUUCCCGUGGCUACCGGCGGCCGCCGCCUUCAACCUGGCCGGGAGCAGCCCGGUGCUGAAGGACGGCGAGCGGGGCAGCCUGUUCGGUGCGGCCGUGGCGCUGCACCGGCAGCUGAGCCCCGAGCCCGCCGGGUGGCUGCUGGUGGGAGCCCCCCAGGCGCUGGCACUGCCCGGCCAAGGCGCCAACCGGAGCGGGGCCCUGUUCGCCUGCCCGCUGAGCGCCGAGCCCACCGACUGCCGCCGGCUGCCCAUCGACCAGGGAGGGGACCCGCAGCGCGAGAGCAAAGAGAACCAGUGGCUGGGGGUCAGCGUCAGGAGCCAAGGGCCCGGCGGCAAGGUCGUGACCUGCGCCCACCGGUACGAGGUGCGGCACCGGGUGCGGACGCCGCUGGAGACGCGGGACGUGAUCGGGCGCUGCUUCGUGCUGAGCCAGGACCUGCAGGAGCGGGACGAGCUGGACGGCGGCGAGUGGCGGUUCUGCCGGGGCCGCCCGCCGGGCCACGAGCGCUUCGGGCUCUGCCAGCAGGGCCUGGCCGCCGCCUUCAGCCCCGACCGCCGCUACCUCCUGCUCGGGGCGCCCGGCACCUACAACUGGAAGGGCACGCUGCGCGUGGAGCGGCUCCCCCGGAGCUCCCUGGACCUGCUGCUGCCGGACUCGGGCCCCUUCGAGGCGGGGGGCGAGAAGGCGCAGGACCCCUCCCUGAUCCCCCUGCCCGCCCACAGCUACCUCGGGUUCUCGGUGGACUCGGGGCCGGGCCUGACGCGGCGGCAGCAGCUGAGCUUUGUGAGCGGCGCCCCCCGUGCCAACCACACGGGCGCGGUGCUGAUCCUGCGGCGGGACGGGGCCAACCUGCUGCGGGCGGAGGCGCUGCUGCCCGGGCACCAGCUCAGCUCGGCCUUCGGGCACGCGCUGGCACUGCUGGACCUCAACAGCGACGGCUGGAUGGACCUGGCCGUGGGGGCCCCCCACUUUUUCGAGCGGCAGGAGGAGAUCGGGGGGGCCGUGUACGUGUACCUGAACCCGGAGGGGCGGUGGGACAGCGCGACCCCCGUGCGGCUGAACGGCCCCCGGGGCUCCGCCUUCGGCACCGCGCUCUGCUCCGCCGGGGACCUGGACCGCGACGGCUUCGAGGACCUGGCCGUGGGGGCUCCUUUUGACGGCGCGGGCAAAGUUUUCAUUUACCACGGCAGCGCCCUGGGCAUCGUCACCCGCCCGGCGCAGGUCUUGGACGGGGAGGCCGUGGGGGUCUCGGCUUUUGGCUACUCGCUCUCGGGGGGGCUGGAUGUGGAUGGGAACCUGUACCCCGAUCUGCUGGUGGGGUCCCUGUCCGACACCGUGGUGCUCUACAGGGCGCGGCCGGUGGUGCACUUGUCCCGGGACGUGUCGCUGCUGCCGCCGCACAUCGACCUGGAGCGGAGCAACUGCCGCCACGGCCGCGGCGUCUGCGUGGAGGUGCGCGCGUGUUUCAGCUACACGGGCCCGGGCAACGACAGCGCCCCGCUGGAGCUGCGCUACGAGCUGGAGGCGGACGGGGAGCGGCGGCGGCGGGGCCUGGUGCCCCGGGGCUCCUUCGUGGCGUGGGGCCCCGAGACCCCCGAGACCCCUGAACCCCGCACCUCGGAGCUCGGGUCCCGCAUCUCGGGGAUCCUGGAGCUGCCGCGGCAGCGCGAGCGGCGCUGCGUGCCCGCCACCUUCCGCCUGCACGACGGGAUCCGGGACAAGCUGCGGCCGAUCGGGCUCAGUCUGGACUUCGCCAUCGCGGGCGGGCACCGGGCCGGGCACCGUGGGGCGCGGGGCGCGGCGCUGCCCCCGCUGCCCCCCGUGCUCAGCCCACGCCAGCCCAGCUCGCUGCGCGCCGAGGUGCAUUUCCUGCGCCAGGGCUGCGGCGAUGACCAAAUCUGCCAGAGCCACCUGGAGCUGUGGCCGCGCUUCUGCGCCCGCUUGGGGGACAGCGACUUCGUGCCCCUGCCCAGGGACGAGGAUGGCACUGCCACCUUCGCCGUCAGUGAGCAGAAGGACGUGGCGCUGGAGGUGCGGGUGACCAACGAGCCCUCGGACCCCGCGGAGCCGCAGCGGGACGGGGACGAUGCCCACCAGGCCCUGCUGGCGGCCACCUUCCCCCCGGAGCUGCCCUACGCCGGCCUGCGCGGCGACGGGCACGGGGACAAGGUGCUCUGCUUGGCCAACCAGAACGGCUCCAGGGUGGAGUGCGAGCUGGGGAACCCCCUCAAACGCGGGGCCCAGGUGCGGUUCUUCCUCAUCCUCAGCACCUCGGGCAUCUCCAUCCACACCACGGAGCUGGCGGUGCAGCUGGAGCUGUCCACCACCAGCGAGCAGCCGGGGCUGGAGCCGGUGGUCGUCCGUGCCCGCGUGGUGAUCGAGCUGCCCCUGGCCGUGAUGGGCGUGGCCGUGCCCCCCCGGGUGUUUUUUGGGGGGCAGGUGGUGGGGGAGAGCGCGGUGAAGAGGGAGAGCCAGGUGGGGAGCGCCGUCAGCUUCGAGGUCACGGUCUCUCAGCGGGGGCCGCUGCUGAAGACCCCCGGCUCGGCCGCGCUGACCGUGCAGUGGCCGCUGGAGCUGCCCAACGGGAAGUGGCUCCUGUACCCCCUGAGCCUGGAGCUGGGCACCCCCCCCGUGCCCUGCAGCCCCCCGGCCAACCCCCUGCGCCUCGCCCUGGAGCCACCCGGCCAGGGGGACCCCCCCCAGGAGCCCCCGGCCCGGCCCUGGUCAGUGCCCGCGGGGAGGAGGAGGAGGAACGUGACCCUGGACUGUGCCCUGGGCACCGCGCGCUGCCGCCCGUUCCGGUGCCCGCUGCCGUCGCUGGAGCGCUCGGAGCUGCGGGCGCGGGGGCGCCUCUGGAACGGGACCUUCCUGGAGGAGUUCCUGGGCGUGCAGCACCUGGAGCUGAUCGUGCGUGCCGAGGUCUCGGUCACCUCCCCCCGCGGCAACGUCCUCAUCAGGGACCCGGUGGCGCAGAUGUCGCUGUCGGUGCACGCGGAGCCGGGCGUGGCCGUGCCCGCCGUGCCCUGGUGGGUUCUGCCGCUGGCGGCGCUGCUGGGGCUGGCGCUGCUGGGGCUGCUGGUGCUGGCGCUGCGCAAGGCCGGGUUUUUCCGCCGGGCGCCGCCGCCGGCCGUGCCGCGGUUCCGCGCCGUGCGCAUCCCCCAGGAGCAGCGGCCGCAGGCCAGCGACGGCCGCACCGGCACCGUCCGGCGGCCGCACUGGGCGGCCGGAGCCGCUGACCGCCGCGGCGCCGCGCCGGGAACGGCCUGACCGGCACCCGGGACGGACGGACACGGACGGACGGAUGGACACGGGAUGGACAGAGGGACAUGGCGCUCACAGACGGAUGGACACGGCACCCACGGACGGAUGGACACGGACGGACAGAUGGACACGGCAUGGACGGAUGGACAUGGCACCCACGGACAGACGGACAUGGCACGGACAGACGGAUGGACACAGCACGGAUGGAUGGACAUGGCACCCAUGGACAGAUGGACACAGCUGGACAGAUGGGCAUGGCACAGAUGGACACAGCACCCAUGGACAGACAGACACGGCAUGGACAGAUGGACACAGCACAGACGGACAGAUGGACACAGGGUGGACAUGGGAGGGACAGGGAUGGGGACAGCGCUGCACCAGGACACACCUGAUGGACACCAAGGGACUGACGGACACGGCUGGACAGAUGGACAGGGGGAUGGACAGAUGGACACAGGCUGGACACAGGACAGGGGACACAGAUACAAGAAGGCUCCAUGGAGGCCCCGCCAUGUCCUGGAGCUCUGAGGAUGGGCAGUGGCCAGACUGAGCCACGGCCCCAGGGGUCAGUCUGCCCCCAGGGGUCACUUUUUGUCCCCAUGGGUCACUUUUUGUCCCCAAUAAAAGGCGCUGACCCCACACUGA